AUGGCUGGCUUGCAGCUGUCAGAGAGACUAGCAGCAACUGCAGGUGCAAGUGCAGCAGCAGCAGCAGCAGAGGCAGAAGACGCAGACACUUUGUUUCCCGAGGACAAAUGUCCUCCCUAUCCAAAUCCAGAUUCCGAGUUUGAGCAGGCGGUCUCUGUCUCUGGCUUGGAGGAGGCCUUUAGGCGUCUCCCUGGUGGGGGUUCUUAUAGAGGCAUUCCUUUAGGCGGAAGCAACAUGAAGGGAGAGACAGCAGCAGCACUGCUGCAUAAAGACAUCGCUUGUGCGCUGCAGCAGCAUGAGGACUUCAAACCUGUCUUCUCGGGUCAAGGGAGGAGCCCUCAUGGAAAGGGUUUGUUUACGGCGCUUCAGGAGUUUGUUGCUUUUUUGAGUUAUGCUCUGCUGAAGACAAACUUCUUUACUUCCUUUAGGGAGGAGACAUCUCUCAGACACUGCACGGAGACAGAGGAGGCCCCAUGCGCACCGGGUGUCUCCUAUGGGGCUCGCGGGCCAUUUGGAAUAAGAGGGAAUUCAGCAUAUGCAGCGUUUGGGGCUUUUGCUGUUGGAGACAGCAGCAAGCUGCUGCAGCAACCUGAUUUGCUGGGUAGACAAGAUGUAGCAGAUUGGGUAGCAGCUCUUUGGCUGUGGACACAGGAGAAAACGUACGGGGACGAAUGCAUCCGCUGGCCUUUGGGUCGGGGCCUGGUGUCUCCUCAUGCUGCGCUGCAGCGGUGGGAUAGUGUAGAGGCUGGGGCUGAGGUGCCUCCUUUGCUGCAGGCAGCACAAGACAGCCCGGCGGAUACUGCUGCGCUUGCUGCAGCAGCAAACCCCUUUGGAGGCCUGGGGCAGGCACUCGUGCUGCUCUUGGGGGAAUCAGCAUGCUGUCCUGCUGCACUAGGAGACAAAAGAAAGAGCUUCCAAGGAGACACUUCUUCCUUAAUCAGGCAGCAACCUAUCUCCCCCCAUCAGCAGCAAAACACUUCCCCGUUUCCCGCAGCCCAGCAGCAGCAACAGCAGCAGCAGCAGCAGCAGCAGCAAACUCAGAACGGCACACUUCCUCCCACAUCUUCUACUGCUGAGAAGCUCAAGCGAUUUGAUGCUAUUAUGUCUGGCAACGCCCCACCUGCGCUCCUGCAGCAGCAGUCAACUGCAUCAGCAGCAGCAGGAGCAGCAGCAGGAGGGGCCUCCGGGGGACUGUAUCCUUCUGUCUCCAGCAGCACACCAGUGCUGCUGCUGCCUGAUUGGCCAAAGGAGACAGCUGGUGAAUCUGAUAUGUCUCCUUUAUCUGCUGCAGCAUUUGAGGGUUUGUUUCUCUCGAUGCUGGCGUUUUUGCUGCCUUCCCGUCCCCCUGCUGCAGCAGGAGAGACACAAGAGGAGACAGCAGACAGUGAACAAGAAAAUAUUGCUUUGCCUGAGGCUCCCACCCCACAGAUAACGGCGCUGCCGCUACCAGGAGGGGCAGACUGCAGCCUGGUGUCUCUGCAGCUGCAAGCUGCAGAGACACCCGAAGCAGCAGCAGAAGCAGCAGCAGCAGAAGCAGAUGCAACAGCAGCAGGAGCAGCAUUCAGGCUCUUCUGUCUCUCUCUUGUUCGCGGCUGUCCUGCUCUCAGCGGCAGAGGGAGCGCCGCUGCAGCAGCAAAUGGAGACCCCAGAGAGGAGACAGAAGAAGAAAGGAGACAGUUUGCAGCAGACACAUUAGAGUGCAGCUUCCGCUGCUACCCCAUGCAGAAUGCCGCCGGACAGGCAGCUGCUGCUCCUAAUGCUGCUCCUGCUGCUGCUGCUUCUCCUGCUCCUGCUGCUGGGUUCGGCCUCUUGCAAGACCGGAGCAGCUACCUCAGCAAAGAUGGAAUCUUUUGCGGCUUUGUUUGUCCCUAA